CUUAUCGGUUCGUGCACAGGCGGGGAACUGCCUCUGACGCGGCCGGAGUCUUGUUCUUUUCAUCCAAGCGGACCGUAGCGAGGGAGGAAAACGGCACCCGCGACGACUAGCUAGGGAUCCAGCAGUGGUGCCUCGGAGCCACUCGGUUGAGACAACCACGAUGAAUCCGGCGCUACCACUGCUACUAUCUGUGAUGUUGUCGAACAACGGCAGUGCAACCGAAAGCUGCGACCUGCCCUCGACGCUCGCCAAGGAGAUCGACAGUUACGGACCCGUGGUACGGCGCAUCCUGUCGGCCUUCGACUAUGGGCCCCAGUCCGGCACCACGUACCACGCUCUGGCCGAGUUCGCCGACCACUUCGGCCACCGCCAGGUGGGCUCCGAGAACCUCGAGGCUGCAAUCGACGCGCUCGUGGCGGCGUUGCGGGUCGCCGGCGUAGACCGCGUCGAAACGGAGCCCGUGGAGACGCCGGUGUGGCAACGCGGUCGCGAGCUGGCAGUGCUCGUCGCGCCCCGGCACGUGCCGCUCGAUGUGCUCGGCCUGGGCGGCUCGGUAGCCACGCCACCGGGGGGCAUAACGGCUCCUGUGCUCGUGGUACAUUCCUUCGAGGAGCUCGAGAGUCGCAGCGCCGAGGUGAACGGCACCAUCGUGUUGUACACUCCAGAGUGGACCAGCUACCUAUCGUACGUGCCGUACCGCACCAAGGGACCCUCGUACGCAGCCAGAUACGGGGCCGUGGCGGCUUUAGUGCGUUCAGCGACCCCGACCUCCCUGUACACGCCGCACGCAGGAAUGUUGCACUACAUGCCCGAAUACCCGAAGAUACCCGCCGCGGCAGUCACAGUCGAGGACGCUGACAUGUUGUGGAGGCUCGCGAAACGUGGGUCCAAUGUGGUCGUCCAUUUGGAGAUGAGCAACAACCACACGCAAGGCGUCUCCAGAAACAUUGUCGCCGACAUCACCGGCUCAGUCUUCCCGGAGCAGUACGUGAUCGUGGGUGCGCACACGGACAGCUGGGACGUGGGCCAAGGCGUCGUGGAUGACGCGGGAGGUGUCUUCAUCGGCCUGGCGGUGAUGGCGCAGCUGCGACGCAUGCGGCUAAGACCCCGGCGUACGCUACGCCUGGUGCUGUGGACCGCGGAGGAGAACGGAUUGCACGGAGCCGUUGAAUUCGUGCGUCGGCACCGGGACGAGAUGGACGCCGUGUCGCUGGCCCUCGAGUCGGACAUGGGCACGUUCGCACCUGUCGGGAUCACCAUGAGCGGCGGUGACAACACGACCGCUUGCAUCCUGCGCCGAUUGUUGACUCUGACAGCACCUAUUGGUGCAACGCGGCUCGAAUCCCCCAACGGCCGUGGCUCAGACGUCACCAAGCUGCAAGAAGUUGGAGUGCCGACUUCCGUGCUGCUGACACGCAACGAACGCUACUUCCACUACCACCACACGCGCGCCGACACCAUGAGCGCCGUGAGCAGUCGCGACCUGGACCUGUGCGCGGCCUUUUGGACGGCCGUGGCUUACGUGGUGGCCGACUUGAGAGACAUGCUGCCCCGUGGUUGACCAGCUGCCUCACGCACACCCUCGUGUACGAGGGAGAUGGUACGUGCGCUGUGCCCCUUAACCUUAUUUGCUAUUUGGAAAUGCUUUGCGAAGAUGAACGCGACAGCGAUGUACAGCUAGCAGACACCAGCUCCUGCCGGUCGCACAAAGUGUUACGAGAUAGCUGUGCGGCCAUCGCUGGCACUCGGUGGUUGCAUCUUGUGCGUUUCUGUCCCCUCUACUCUAAAUCACCGAAUUUUCCUUGAAGGGUUGAAUGUGUGAAUGUGUGGAAAUAAAGAGCAUGUGUCAAAGUGUA